AUUAUUUUGUUUAAAGUUUAAUUUAAAGGAAUCAGUUAUCAGUCUUUCAUGGAUUCGAAUUUAUUGGCCUCUAUAAUUAACCGAUCUACAACUUAUACGAUUUUCGAUGCAUAUUUAAAAGGAACGAGAUUUGAAGACGAGCUUUAUAGAAGCAGACAAUAUUACAAGUGGAAGGUCAUUGCAGAUAGUACAGGGCAAAGAUGGCUUAUCCGCUUGAUUUCUUUGCUGGAUGUUUGGGAGGAUGUGCCGGUAUUAUGGUGGGAUAUCCUUUGGAUACGGUCAAGGUCCACAUGCAGACUCAAGACUACUGCAAUCCAAAAUAUCGAGGUACCUGGGAUUGUUUGCGAACCAUACUCGCGAAAGAAUCGGUGACUGGUCUUUAUAAAGGAAUGACUUCGCCAAUCGCAGGGGUAGCUGUGGUAAACGCUAUCGUCUUCGGUGUUUACGGAUAUACUCAGCGGAACUUGUCUGAACCUGAUCGAUUGUCAUCAUACUUCUUGGCUGGUGCAUCUGCCGGAUUUGCUCAAACUCCUGUUUCAAGCCCAAUAGAGUUAGCAAAAACACGUCUGCAAUUGCAAUCCACGGGUCAAGGUAAUUUUCAAGGACCAAUGCAGUGCUUGAAGAACAUCUAUAAGCAGGAUGGUUAUCGUGGCAUCUUUAAAGGACUAGGUAUUACAUUCCUUAGGGAAGGACCGAGUUAUGGUGUGUAUUUCGUGACCUAUGAAAUGCUAACCAAAACGUCCUCAAAGCAACCGAUCUCGACGUUUCAUAUGAUGUUGGCUGGAGGACUUGCUGGUACAGCUUCUUGGGUGAUUUCUUAUCCUAUCGAUGUCAUCAAAUCGCGCAUACAAGCAGAAAGUAGUAAUCGUUAUUCAGGAGCUUUAGAUUGUCUCAAGAAAUCUAUACGUGCUGAAGGAUAUAGCUGUUUAUAUCGAGGCUUAAAUUCGACGAUUCUUCGAGCGUUUCCGACGAACGCGGCGACUUUCGCUGUAGUUACAUGGACAUUCCGAUUAUUUGGUGAACAACCAAAUGAGGUAUCGAAGAGGGAAGAUGUCAUGUCAAGAACAAUGCAAUCGAAAAACCAUGCCACAAAAGGAUAUGAAUCCUUUGCUAGUAAAUGGAACGUAUUCUUUGAUAGUAUUUCAAGAAGUAAUGGUUUUGUUACUCCAUCAUACUCCGUCGGAUCUAUGUUGCCGAUUAACAGGCAAUUACUGCCAGAUAAUAGUGCCUGCUUGGUCCACAACUGCAGACGAUCGGGUUGUAAGUACGAGAAUGCGUUGAAGCAGAAGAGUAUAUCCGAAGGUUGGGAGGAGAGAAAGAGAAAAUCGAGAAACGAUGAAGGAGUUGAGGAGGAUGACUAUGUUGAUGAAAGAAAAGACUAUGGCAACGUUAAGAUAGUUAUAAACACGUGUACUUGUAAUCUGCAACACAUACUCGAUGUCUCGAAUCUGGAUAAUAUUUGAUGUUAUUGCAGUUGACAAAGUCUAGCACGUGACGUGUAUUUUUAGUGUAAUAUGUGUAAAAAAGGAAUAUAUAAU